AUGGAUGAAGAAUUAAUGUGGAGAGGUUUUUAUGAUAAGUUGCAACAGCAAAAAUCUGUUGAGCAGCAAGAACAUGACAGCAACGUUCGGACUAUACCUAUGGACCUGCUGCGUUCUCAUUUAACAAGAAACUUCAGAAUUUACCUCAAUCAAACUAGGCAGAUGCAUUUGCUCAAGAGUAAAGCGUACAUCGACAGUAAAUGGGUGUCGGCACGAAGUAAUGCCGUAUUUCCGGUGUUAAAUCCCGCUGAUGAUUCUGUAAUUACUGAGGUGCCGGAUAUGGAAGCUGCAGAUGCUAAAUUAGCCAUUGAAGUUGCUUUUGACACUUUUAAAUCUUGGAAAGAAGUGACAGCCAAGGAGCGCUCGAAAAUUCUUAGGAGGUGGUUUGACAUAUGUGAACAGAACAGUGACUACCUAGCAGAAAUUAUUACAGCCGAAUCUGGUAAGCCAUUAGCUGAAGCUAAGGGUGAAGUUGCCUAUGGUAAUUCCUUUUUAGACUGGUUUGCUGAUUGUGCACGUCAUAUUAAUGGAGAAGUUGUACCUAGCCCAUGGCCUAACAAGCAGAUCAUUCUUACAAGACAACCUUUGGGUGUUGUAUCAAUUAUUACUCCAUGGAAUUUUCCUUUUGCGAUGAUAACAAGGAAAGUAGGUGCAUUAAUGGCGGCUGGCUGUACAUGUGUGAUCAAACCAUCUGAAGAUACUCCUCUGUCAGCACUGGCUGCUGUCGAGUUAGCAGAAAAAGCAGGAGUGCCUAAAGGAGUAAUCAAUGUUGUCACAACAAGCAGAAAGAAUGCUCCUGCUGUUGGAAGUGUUAUGUGUGAAGAUGAUAAUGUGCAAUGCAUAUCUUUUACUGGUUCUACUGCAGUUGGCAAGAUAUUGUAUGGACAGGCAGCUAAAGGUAUUAAGCGUGUUUCAUUAGAAUUAGGUGGAAAUGCCCCAUUUAUCGUUUUCCCAAGUGCUGAUCUUGAGCACACUUUAAAUCAAGCAAUGCUUGCUAAAUUUAGAAAUAAUGGACAAGCUUGUAUUGGAGCCAAUCGAUUUCUUGUGCAUGAAGAUGUGUAUGAUAAAUUUGUUACUGGUUUUAAGGAGCUUAUUGCAAAGAAAUGUAUAUUAGGACCUGGCACCCAAGAAGGAGUUACGUGUGGACCCUUGAUCAACAUUGAGCAAGCUAAAAAAGUAUCUGGGUUAGUUGAAAAUGCUAUCUCUAAUGGUGCUCGCCCAUUAAUUGGAGGAGAGUUUGCUACUGAUCUUGGUAACAAGUUUUACAAGUCAACGCUUUUAGUAGACGUAAAACCUGAAAUGAAAAUAUUCAACGAGGAGAUAUUUGGCCCUGUUGUACAAGUUUUAAAAAUAAAAAGUGAGGAAGAGGCAUUAGCAAUAGCAAACAAUACCAGGACUGGCCUUGCAGCAUAUGUUUUUACUAAAGACCUUGGACAAGCUUUCAGGAUGUCGAGAAAACUAGAUUUUGGUAUGGUUGGUAUUAAUGAUGGCAUAAUAUCUGGCGCAGAGGCAGCUUUUGGUGGGAUUAAAGAGUCUGGCAUUGGUAGAGAAGGUAGCUUACAUGGAGCACUUGAGUAUACUGAUAUAAAAUAUACUCUGAUGUCCGGGCUAGAUAAGUAA